AUGGAAGAAACAUUCGAGCACCUAGACACCCGACUAAGCGACCUCAAGGACAGGCUAUCAACGCAAGAAGGCGAGUCCAUACGAUCGCAGCUCCACCAACUCACGCAAAGACUAUCGGACUUCUACAAACUUCACCCCGAAUACGAACGACUACAACGCGCACUUGAAACAUUCAAGCUUAGGAAUAAAGUGGCUGCUGGUGAGAGCCUCGACCAUCAGCUCAAGGAGGAAGAAAUCUUGCUCCACUACGAUGACAUAUUCGCCCAUUACCCGCACAUGGUUGGGCUUGAAAAUAUGAGCUACGACGCCGUGCUCGAUAAGAUCAACCACGUUGUCUCCACGUCCGAGUGCGAGAUGAUCAGAGCGCGGCUUCUGGCUAAGCAAGAGCACAUUCGGCUGCUUGAUAAAGUGUACCGGAUCUUGCAGUUGAAAAGCAUGCUUGUUUGCGAGAAAUACGUGGCGUCGCUUAUCGCGGUUAAUCUGUUCUGGAUCCGGAUGGAUGAGAUGCUCGUUGCUGCGUACCGUGCGCUCAACAAGAUCGAAGCUAAACAAAGGGAAGAAACAAAGUAUUAA